AUGGAUCCCAGCGACCGUAUCGACUUCGUCAAUCCUCUUCUCGCCGUGCUCAAUGCAAAACCUGGUGCGAAUAGGUGAGUUUAUAGACGUUUUACAACUGCUGGACACUUUGCAACCGGCGGACGUUUCGCAACUGCAAUCCAUGUGAGAUCGAGUGCGGCUUGCUGGGCAUAAAUGAAUCUGGUGGACGCUUUGCAACCGGCGGACACUUCAAUGAUUACGGUUGCGAAACAUCUGUUUGCAAUGUGUCGAACGGUUGCGAAACGUCUCACCAGAACUGUCGUAUAUCUUUUUUGCUUUUCAGAACAGCAGACGGAUCCGGCGCCGAAGACCCAUUGAUCCAAGUGAACAGUCGGGGACCACCCAGUACGUUUUGCCACGUCAUCAACUAGAAUUUUGUUUUUAACUAUUCCAGAGGACUUUGUUCAGUGCCCGCACUGCCCUUUCAGAUCCAAAUAUCCGCAGCGGUUGGCAGCACAUUUGGUACGCCCACGCACUAAAAAAUUUAUAAAUCCGUCGAUUUUCAGCGAUCUCACGACCGAUAUCAAAGCAAAAUGUUCGAGUGUAACGUUUGCAAUGCGAAAUUUGGAACUCGGGUCAGUUUUCUGUUAUAUCUCGUCUGCCUGCAAAGAUAGAAGAUAGGUGUCAACUAACAAAAUGUUCCUUAUGAAAUUAUGUACAUUUUAUCAGUUGACAACUUUUUGAAAUCUCCAAAGACAGCUGAGAUAUAACGCUUUGAAUAUAGACCAACCUGGCGCGUCACCGCAAGGGACAUACUGGCGAGCGGCCGUUCAAGUGCCGAUUCUGCGGCAAACCAUUCAGGAGGUCCGAUCAGGUAAGUGCGCUCCACUGCACUCUGAGCGCGAAAUUUGAAUUUUCGCCAUAUUUUUGGCUCAAAAUGACACAUUUUCAGAUGGAAGAACACUGGAUGGCCCACGUUGACAUAGAAGGUCACUUUGAGUGUCCUGUGGCCGGGUGUCCCAAAAGUUUUGUUCGAAAAUGUGACCGGAAGGUGCAUUUGCCAACGCAUAACGUUUCAUGUACAACUCCGGAGAAAUGUAAAGGAUGCAACACGGAAUUCAUGAAUAUGCGACGACUUCACCUGCAUUAUGAGACGAAGCACGGAUCGUUGGUUAAGGUUUGAGAGAGCAUAUCGAUCUGAGAUUUAUUUUCUAGAUUCUUGACACCUUGAACUUUGUUUUUGUAGUUGACAACUUUUUUGUACGACAACUUCUAAGACAACUGUAGCUCUUGGAAGUUUGGACGCCACAGGAGGCGCGCUAGUCAGCGCCAACUUCCAAGAGCUACAGUAGUCCAGCGAGAGGUCGUAGAAAAAAGUGCUCAACUAGAAAAGUACAGUACUAGACAUGAAGAUACUGCUCAACAAUUUCUAGAACAAUGUGAACCCGUCGGGUCCAGUUACACGCGCUCAAAGUUGAAGAGCAAUUUUCAGACGAUCCCACCGUCAUCCUCGACAACUCCUUCACGGUCUUCGAGAAAAAGAAAGCAAAUGGGUGGGGCGACGGAGCCACUGGCGUUGAGUUUAUCGGAAAAAAGCGGUGCGAGCACAGACGUGUCCUCAAACAUUUCGUCAUUUGACACUAAUAUGGUGGGUUUUCAGGAUCCGAGCAUCCGAAUUUCUAUGCAUUCAAAGUUUUUGAGCAUUUAUGAGCUCUGAAACCUUCAAAAUUGGCCCAUUUUCACUAAAAAUCGCUCCUUUCAGACUCCGUGGUCCCAAGAAUCAAGUGAUCCACUCGGUCCAGCCGCGUUGCGGUCAAUUUUUACGAAACUCGAGGAGACUAAAGUAUGUGCACGAGUUAUCCCGCCCUACGCACUCAAAAUUGACACUCUUCAGUCAUUCGCCUCACUUUUGGCGUUGACAUCGGACAAUACGGUCGGCGAGCAGUCAGAUGAGCCGGAGAACGCGGCGGAAAAGUGUGAAUAUGUGAGGAAGGUGGUAAAAGACCCCCGAAUAUUGUCGUUUUGUCAGAAGUGCACCGAUUGCGGCAUCCGAUUCGACGACGUCUUCAUGUACCUCAUUCACAAGACGAUGCACACGGACGGAAAUGCGUUCAAGUGUGCAAUGUGUGGAGCUGAGUGCUCGGACAAGUACACUUUUAUGCUGCACACGAUCAACUCGGACCACAAGUUGUAUCCGGAUGAUAAUAAUGAUAUUUGA